AUGGAGAAAUCCGCUCCCCGACCGGUCCGGAAGGACACUCUGCUGAGUCGUCGAUACAUUGAAGGCUUGAUUGCAGAAGGGAAACAUGUCAUCAUCUAUGAAAACAGUGUUCUGAAGGUGGAUGCUUUCAUCAAAUUUCACCCUGGCGGUGAAAAGCCGAUCAAACAUAUGGUGGGCAGGGACGCGACGGAUGAAAUCAAUGCUUUACACUCGAGAGAAGCCCGCGAUCGUAUGCCCUCCUAUAAAAUUGGUCGAGUCGAAGGUGUCUGGACAAACUUUCUCCCCCCGAUUCAAGGCGGCAAGUUCCGCCCCUACACCGAAGACACCUGCUCGAGUGAGGAUGACUUGACAAGUCAGGACACUUCGAGUCAAGAGGGUUCCACUCCACCUUCUCCGAUCUUUGAUGCGAUCGACUCUAAAUCCAUAACCCGCCGAAAGAGGUCCAAAGGCACAGACACCGCUGCUUCCACGCCGGUGGAGGCAGAGGUGGAUUCACAGGCUAGGCCAGCUUUCCUCGAUGCUCGAACACGCGAGGAAAUUGUCUUCGAUACCGCAAAAUAUCCCUCGUUGGACCAGGCGAACCAAGAAAGCAUCAAAUGGAAAUACCGCGAGCUGUACAAGCGCAUGCAAGAUGACGGGUUGUUCAACUGCAAUUACUUCUGCUACUUCAUCGAGUGCUGUCGAUAUACUAUUUUUGCAACACUGUUCUACGUCUUUCUUCGUCUUGGUUGGUGGGCAACCUCUGCGUUCUUCCUUGGGUGCUUUUGGCAUCAGCUUGUUUUCACUGCCCAUGAUGCUGGUCAUAUGGGCAUCACCCACAAUUUCCACGUGGACACAGUCAUUGGAAUCCUCAUUGCCGAUUUUAUGGGUGGCUUGAGCCUGGGCUGGUGGAAGCGGAGCCACAAUGUGCACCAUAUCGUUACCAAUGAGCCGGAACACGAUCCAGAUAUCGAGCAUAUUCCCUUCUUUGCCAUCUCGCAUCGCUUCAUCGACAGCCUUUAUAGUACAUACUAUGACCGCAACAUGACCUUCGAUGCCGUAUCCAAGGCCAUGAUCAAAAUCCAGAACUAUAGUUACUACCCUAUCAUGGCGCUGGCCCGCUUCAACCUCUACAGACUAAGCUGGGAGUACUUAUUGAAGCGUCAAGCCCCGCGAAAAGGACCUGCCUGGUGGCAUAUUUGGCUAGAAUUUGCCGGUCAGGCUUUCUUCUGGUAUUGGUUUGUUUACGGUGUGAUGUACAAGACCAUUCCCGACUGGAGUAGCCGACUCGUGUUCUUGUUGAUUUCUCACGUUGUGUCUUCACCUCUGCAUGUUCAAAUCACGCUCUCCCAUUUCGCCAUGUCUACCGCUGAUAUGGGUGUUCACGAAUCAUUCCCCCAGAAGAUGCUACGAACUACCAUGGACGUCGACUGCCCUACCUGGCUGGACUUCUUUCACGGUGGUCUUCAGUUCCAGGCCAUCCACCAUCUCUAUCCUCGCAUGCCCCGUCACAACUUGCGUCGUGCUCAGAAGUAUGUUCUGGAGUUUUGCAAGGAGACUGGUAUUCCUUACGCCAUCUUCACGUUUUAUGAUGGAAACAAGGAAGUCAUCGGCCGACUCGGUGACGUGGCAAAGCAGGUCCGCCUUAUGGAGGAGUGCCGCAAGUCAAUUGGUACGGAGGGCGUCUUCUCUCAUCACGAUUAA